AUGGUCAAGGUUGUAGCCCCAGGCCCGGCGCUGUCGCCCGCAGACAGCGACACCGAAGCAGGGCGCACAUCAGCAAAUCUCCCACCGUCCGAGCAUGCUUCCAUUCCUUUGCAGACCUCCGUACGGGUAGAUGACAAGCCGGCAAUCCCACUCCCAGGCUGGAAACGAUGGCUCGCUCUCUUCUCCGUCUGCGUGGCCGUGUUCCCCUCCAACUUCAACAACACAUGCAUCAUGUCUGCAGUGCCUGAGGUAUCCGUCGAUCUUCAGACAAGCCAGAACGUGGUGGUAGCCGCAAACGCCGCCAUGUUCGGCGCUAUGGCUCUCUGCGUCUUUGUAUGGAUGCCCCUCGGCGUCCUCAUGGGCCGACGGACAGCCGUUCUUGUGGCCAACGCCGUCGUCUGCGUCUGCUCGCUCAUCUCGGCACUCGCGCCUAAUGUUGUUGUUUUUACGGCCUUCUGGCUCGUCUCUGGCCUGACCACCCCGUUCCUGUUAGUCGCGGGCCAGACUAUCUUAUCUGACAUUUUUGAGCCAACAACUCGAGGGUUCGCAACCGGCCUUGUUCUGGGCACGUCAACGAUAGCCAAGGCAAUAGGCCCUCUGAGCGGAGCUCUCAUCGUAACAGUCACUAGUUGGCGGUUCAUUUUCGGUGCCUCGGCUUUCGUGUCUUUGACAGCGCUUGUGCUAUGUUUCUUUUUUGUACCUUCUGCAAACGGCCAUGGACCACAAAAGCAUCCGCUUAAUAGCCAGUCCAAGCCAAUAGCUCGCCGUGGGCCGCUCGAGAUCAUGUUGAUGUUCAACCCAGUUGCAGUGUUCCGGCCCAUGAAGGACCCAAAAGUCGUUCUAAUGCACCUUUCUUGCGGGCUCGCAAGCUUCAAUCUAUACAGUCUGCUCUCGUCGAUUCGCAGCUCCGUCGCCCCCCGCUUCAACCUUACCACCCCGGUGAGCAGUGGCCUCUUCUAUCUCGCCCCGGGCAUCGGUUUCUUGGUCGGCAACUUAGUUGGAGGCCGACUGUCCGACUACACCGUUAAAAGGUGGGUCGUCAAACGUGGCGGCGUGCGGCUACCCAGCGACAGGUUGCGCUCCUGCCUGCCCGCCACCCUGCUGCUCGCUCCAGUGGGGACGCUGACAUUUGGAUGGAGCGUGGAGGAGAGGGCCGGCGGCAUGGCAUUGCCAAUCGUAGCGACCUUCAUACAGGGCAUUGGGCUGAUGGAUGCGUUCAAUGGACUUAACACUUACGCUGCAGAGGUCGUUCCAGAGUCUAGAAACGCCAUCAUCAGCUCCAAAUAUCUCUUGCAGUACACGUUUGCGGCUGCCGGUGUCGGGAUAUCGCCUCUGCUGCUGCAAAAUGUCGGUGUUGGUUUCACGUUCACACUCGCCGCGGCGGCUGCUAUGGUUGGAGGCAUCCUGAUUGCUAUCCUUGUUGUCAGUGGGAGUGGGGAAGGCAUAGCGCUGCCUGGUUUCAAGAUAAACUCUAGCAGCAAAGAGAGCGCUUCCCGGUCCUGA